GCACAAGGCAUGCAGAUGUAAGUUUAAUCCAGGCAACAGUCAGAGCUGGGAAGUGAAUAGGAGGUUGCCCUUUGACUAACACACAGUAGUAGUCAGGAGGAUACGAAGCAUCCAGCGCAACCGUCAAGGCGGACCUAGAAGAGGAGAUGAAAUCCACCUGGAACUGUGUGUCGUGUUUUAUUCGCUCCAUCUCUUUGUGUGGAUUCAUGCGCUGACACUCUUAAAGCUUGGCAGCAAGAGGUGUUAUCUGUAGCACUGAGCUUAAAAGGAAAUUGUGCGACUCUGCCUGUCGGCUUCUGAUGAGCCUCUGAUUAAUAGAUACAGCGAGAGGAGGAUAUCCAGAUGAAUCCAGGAAGAACUUAGAGGGACAAUCUUUUUGUGUUUGUUUUUGAUUGCGUUGUGUUAGGGCUGCGUUUUAAGUGAAGUCUGCAGUGAUUGCACGUUUAUUCCUCGUACCAUCUGAGGCAGAACGACCACAGUGAUGCUAAUGAUGCUUGGAUUUGGACUUCCUUUGACAGGACUUUGUUUUCACCUGAUCAGCAAUCUGCACCUGUUCUAAUUUGCCGCCUACCCGCUCUUUUUUUUUUCCUUUUCUUUGAGCUUAUCAGUCACUUUAGAGAAUGGGCAGUGAUUUCUAGAAGAGUCACGGUGUGCAAGAUUUCGAUCUGGAGUAAAAACAUCCAUCAGUUGAGCUUUUGCGAGGAGUUACCGCCCCUGGGAGUUUAUCUCACCUGCUCUAUCCAGUGGGGAGCUAAUCAGUGAAUUCACAGUCGGGACAGUCAGCCAGAAAGCAAGAUGCAGGUGUCUUUAGUGUGCACGGACCAUCGAGGCGGGGUCAGCCGCACCACAGAGGACCGGCUAAAUCGACAAAAUGCCAACAGCCCCAACACAGGCACCCGCAGCAAGUUCAGAGCGGUGGCGAUGGUUGCUCGCAGUCUGGGACAACUCUCAGUUCAGAGUGUCCCUUCCUCCAGCGAGCAAAGUGUGAAGACUGGCAUGAAGUAUAGAAACCUUGGGAAGUCAGGUCUGCGGGUAUCCUGCCUCGGAUUAGGAACAUGGGUGACGUUCGGCGGACAGAUAACGGACGAGAUGGCAGAGCAGCUGAUGACUCUGGCCUAUGAAAAUGGCAUCAAUCUGUUUGACACAGCGGAGGUCUACGCUGCUGGGAAGGCAGAAGUGGUGCUCGGGAACAUUAUAAAGAAGAAAGGAUGGAGACGUUCCAGUCUGGUGAUAACAACAAAGAUCUUCUGGGGCGGAAAGGCGGAGACUGAAAGAGGUUUAUCCCGAAAACACAUUAUAGAAGGUUUAAAAGCCUCUCUAGAAAGACUGCAGUUAGACUAUGUGGACGUGGUUUUUGCAAACAGACCGGACCCUAAUACACCUAUGGAAGAGACGGUUCGAGCAAUGACCCAUGUGAUAAAUCAAGGCAUGGCCAUGUACUGGGGAACGUCCCGCUGGAGCCCGAUGGAAAUAAUGGAAGCGUACUCAGUGGCACGACAGUUCAACCAGAUCCCUCCCAUCUGUGAGCAGGCUGAGUACCACAUGUUCCAGAGAGAGAAAGUGGAGGUGCAGCUUCCUGAGCUCUUCCAUAAGAUCGGUGUGGGGGCCAUGACGUGGUCUCCACUGGCCUGUGGGAUCAUCUCAGGGAAAUACGACGGCAGGGUCCCUCCCUACUCUCGGGCUUCUCUGAAGGGCUACCAGUGGUUGAAGGACAAGAUCUUGAGCGAGGAGGGCCGGCGUCAGCAGGCGAAGUUGAAAGAGCUGCAGGCAAUCGCGGAGCGGCUGGGCUGCACUCUGCCCCAACUCGCCAUCGCGUGGUGCCUACGGAACGAGGGGGUGAGCUCUGUCCUUUUAGGGGCGUCCAACACCGACCAGCUGAUGGAGAACAUAGGAGCGAUUCAGGUUCUUCCAAAGUUGUCAUCGUCCAUAACACAUGAGGUGGACAGCAUCCUGGGGAACAAGCCGUAUAGUAAAAAGGACUACCGCUCCUAACGGGCGGCACGGCCCCGCCCGGCAGGGCUGCACCCGGCCUGCAGCCGCAGUGCCCCACCUUUGCCUGAUCCUCUGUUUGCUUGAGCUUUUACUGAGUGAGACCCUGGCGCAUGAGUCUGGCCACACCAAGGCCACCCAGGGGCACCUCAUUUAGAGUUACAGGGAUAAGAUAAGAAAAGGGGGAAAAAAUAGUCAGUCACCUCCACAUGAAAGGAUGGGAUUGAGAAAGAAAGACGAGACGAGGUUAGAGAUAUGUGCUCAUACUUAAAUCAGUUAUUCAUUCAAUUCAGCUGAACGUAUUUUAAAAACCAUAGAGAAGAAUUACCUUUUUAAAAAAUAAGCACACGCUUGCUUGGCAGCCAGAUUGGUUCACUCUUUUUUUUUUUUUUGCUCUUUUUUUCUAAAAACGAAUGCAACUAAAAGGAAGAUGAAGUUCAUACUGUAUGAAUAUCAGAGAGCUACUGUUGCACAUGUACCAUAGCCAUGCUUUUGUUCCCUGGAUGUUCUGUUUACAAACACCUUUGUACUGUACAAGUCCGUCAAGGUUUCUCUGAAAGAAGAGUUUGUGUUGUCAACGUUACCAGAGCCUCGUCGUGGGCUUUAACAAUCAGCACUUUAGUACUGUCAGUAAAGCUGUUGGAGGGGAGAGAAUGGGUAUUAUAAUAGUCUUAUCUCACAGCCAUUGCACUAGAAUCACAUCGCCUCCCGAUGAUUCCCUCUCUUCAUCCUCCCUCUGUGUCUUCACUGGCAGUGUGAUUGUCCAGCCUAACGCUCCGAUGCUCCAGCUUCAAAGCUCGAGUCCUGAAUUCAACUGGACUGAGAGGAUGAGGGGGGGUUGGGGGGGGGUGAGUGAGGCUCCGACCACUGAACCGGAGCUUAGGAGCUUGGGCUGAUGUGUCUGGGCAACUUGUCUGCCACUGAAGAGAUGAGCAGUCUAUUUGUCCCCAGCAGUGGCGUUGAAUCAAAUGCAGCGCUCUGCUUCACUGUGUUCCCCAGCCGCUGUAGGAGCGCCCGUAUCAGUGCUGGCUCCCCAUCUCCCCUUCAUCAAAUUCUGUUCUACUAGUUUGCCUUAUUUACAGUUGCAUCAAACUGUGCUUGGGGCUUUGGUGUAGACGAGCAGCUCGACAGCUGCCUCUUCGGCCGACUGGUCACACGUCCCCAGAGUGAACGGAAACGCCGACUGGCGGAAGGUUGUGUUCGUUGCUCCCCAACUGUGAGGACGGAGUCGUGUGUCCAGUCGAUCAGUGAGUGGCAGCAGCUCAGGGAACGGAGCAGGUGGUUUCAGUCGCGUGUUUGCUUGCACAUGGUCGGGAAGUCGUAUUUAGUCGUCUGUCUUUCUUUCGUGCGUGGACACUGGGGAGGACCAGUGACGUUUUUAGCGUGGCUCGAGCCAAAGAUCUUCUUCUUCUUCAUCUCUUUUAGACACACACACACACACACACACACCCCAGCGUUUCAAUCCCACGUCCUGCAAGAUUAUAGAAAUCACGCCGACGCAUGUGCUGUCCAGCUUGUUAUCUAUCUACGGUAUGGACUUGGCUCCAUAUAUAUCUUUACUUGAACAAGCUGUUAUACUAGUAAACAAAUAUGUCCUUCAUAUACAGAAUGCAUAGUGCAGCUAAGUGCUUUAGGAUUGGUAAGGUUAGUUUGAGGCGGCAGGCGAACGGAGACAUGUCACAAGUAUUACUGCAGCCGUCCUUUAUCAUUCUUUGUCCUUCGGGUGCUCUUUUACUGUGAUUAAAGCACAAGUGGAUUAGCAUGUGACACAUCCUCUACGCAUGGACCCUCUUCACCCAGCCUACAGUACCUGCGGGAUAAGCUAGGGGGCGCUUCUCAGCUUAACUAACACAUGUAGAUAAGUAAUCUUUACUAACAGCUGAUAAACUGUUGAUUCUUAGCAGAUAAAAAACAAGAGCAGAUUAGGAAACUGUAUCCGUGUGAAUGACGUGAAUGAGAGCUUCUCAGCUGGAGAGGAUAAUCAUAGUGAACAUCGCUGCGUGGGGUUUGUGUGGAGAACUUUUACAGUCUGCUUCAGUACUACUAGGUGAGUUUUAGUUUUAGUCAGUGUGGGGACGGGGGCCACACUUUAACCUGUCCUAUUAGUUGACCCCUGUAUAGGUUUGGUUUGCUGUGUCUUGUAUGUCUGAGUAAAUAAAACCGUCACGAGCCGAUGCCGUUUUCUCAGAAGAACAAAAAGAACGUUUAGUUUAUUAGUCUGUGGAGUUUUCGUGUCUUAAUAUUUUCAUCUGUAGGGAGCAGAAAAUAAGUCUGAGACGUAAAGGAAAAGUCCAACGUUUGGGGAAAUAAACUUAUUGGCUGAAAGUUGAGUAAUAAGCCUGACACCACACUCACGUCUAUAAUCAAUAAAUUGGCCAAGCAAAAAGAAACAAGGGGAAGCAGUUCAUCUGGCCUUACCCUGAGGAAACAUUAUCCACCUGCCAGCAUCUUUGAAGCUCACUAAUCCUAACCCUAACCCCCAUGUAGAUUGUUAAAUCCAUACAGGAAAAAACAGAAGAGACUCCAGGAAGUCACUGGUCCCAGCCAGGAAAUAGACCUAAAGUAUUUCCAACCCUAACCAGUCUUUUAUUAGCUGUGCUUGACUCGACUUCAACCUUCCCUGAACAGUUCUGGCAUGCCGAAGCAUUCACUGAGCUUUAAUAGUUGUGUUGUGGACAUGCUGAGGCUUUCCAGAUAAAGAGCAGGUUCCUGGUGUGAUGAAUUCAUAGGGAUGUAUUGGCAGAAGUGGAGUUGUUUAGAUUGAGCUCCACCGUACAUUGUGCCACUAUAUUUCUACAGUAGUAUUCAUUUGGUUGCAGUUUGCAUCCAUUACACUAGAUGGCACUGAAUCCCAAAUGAUGGUCCUUUAAAUUAAAGGACGCUACCAUUUUUUGCAACAGUUUAUGUGACUUUGUUGUGAUCUUUAUUUGUUUUGUAUCUAUGGCGUUUUUACAAAUGACAUUUGGGUAAAUGUCGCCCUCAUUAAGGUGCUGAUUGUGUUUCCUUAAAACCGCCAUAGUUCCCCGUUUCCAGUCUUGUUGCUAAGCUAACGUAGCCAGCUGUUGGCUGGGUUCAGCAGACAGAUGUGAGAGUGGUGUCAGUCUUCUCGUUUAACUCUUGGCUCCAGUGAGCCCCCUGAACUGAUGAACUCUUCCUGUGAAUUGUAUCGCUGUGCAUUUCGUUUGAGCAUCAGUGUUAUUUCUCAUCGUGCUGACAGUAGAAAUAACACAACGUUGCGUGAUGCCCUCAUCUGUGUAGGAGUGUAUUAAUGCUUUAAGAGGUUCUGGUUUCAUCACAUUUGCUGUCCAUACAUUUUAAUGACGAGCUCAGAAAUGAAACGGACCCGCAGAUUGAUAGAGCUUUACAGACGGUUCUAGGUUAUACAGAGAGUAUAUUUUUUAUGUUUUAGCCUUUAAUGCAGUAGAGAGAAUUAAAAGACCAUUAUUUAUUUUUUUUUCAUCUUGCUGCAUUUCUUCCUAUCAGUAUUGUGUUGAUUUCAAGACUGACAAACAGAAGCAAUCUUUUGUGUUGUGUAUGCAUCAUGAGUGUUUGGAUGCAGCAGUGUACUGAAUUCACUCUGAAGACGACGUAGUGAGAGCCCGGUGUCCCCUGUACAUACUCUGACCUUUGUAGAUGUAUAUAUUUCUGGUUGUGAUCACCUCUGCCUUUUCUCUUUUCAGUUUCUUUUUCUUUUGCAGGCGUUGCUAUCUGCACUGUGCUUGAAUCUGAAAUUUAGACAGGAUGUACAGCUUCAAUCUUCAAUGAAAAAUGAAAUCAUGAUAAAAAUAAGAAUGGAAAACAAAA